AUGAUGGUUGAGAUAACAAAUGUGUCGGAGUAUGAGGCUCUUGCAAAGGAGAUAUUACCAAAAAUGGUGUAUGAUUACUAUGCAUCGGGUGCAGAGGAUCAGUGGACACUCAAGGAAAACAGACUAGCCUUCUCCAGAAUUCUUCUUCGACCCCGCGUUCUUAUUGAUGUAAGCAAGAUAGACAUAACUACCACUGUCAUGGGCUUCAAGAUAACGAUGCCUAUCAUGAUUGCUCCCACUGCAAUGCAGAAAUUGGCUCAUCCUGGAGGUGAGUUAGCAACAGCACGAGCAGCAUCAGCAGCUGGCACAAUAAUGACAUUAUCUUCAUAUGCAACAUCCAGUCUUGAUGAGGUGGCCUCAACAGGACCCGGCCUUCGCUUUUUCCAACUCUACGCAUCCAAAGACAGAUAUGUAGUUACUCAGCUGGUCAGGGGAGCUGAAAGAGCUGGCUUCAAGGCCAUUGCCCUCACUGUUGAUACUCCAAGACUUGGUCGUAGGGAAGCCGACAUUAAGAACCGAUUUGCAGUACCUUCAUCUGUGACAUUGAAGAUCUUUGAGGGUUUGGAUAAUGGGGAGUCAGACAAGACAAGUAAUUCUGGAUUUGCCGCAUAUGUUGCUGGCCAAGUUGUCCAGUCCCUAAGCUGGGAGGAUGUGGAGUGGCUUCUGACAAUCACCAAACUUCCAAUUUUAUUGAAGGGUGUGAUGACUGCCGAGGAUACAAAACUAGGUAUACAAGCAGGAGCAGGUGGAAUUAUUGUUUCUAACCAUGGAGCUCGCCAAAUGGAUUAUGUCCCUGCUACUAUUAGUUGUUUGGAAGAGGUUGUAAGAGCUGCAGAAGGACAAGUUCCCGUGUUUCUGGAUGGUGGUAUCCGUCGUGGGACUGAUGUUUUCAAAGCAUUGGCAUUGGGGGCUUCUGGCAUCUUCAUCGGAAGGCCUGUUUUGUUCUCCUUGGCUGUUGAUGGUGAGGCUGGUGUAAGAAAGGUACUUCAAAUGCUCUGCGAUGAGUUUGAACUAACCAUGGCAUUAAGUGGAUGUCGUUCUCUAAGCAAGAUCACUCGUAACCACAUUAUCACUGAUUGGGAUGUUCCUCGCCCAUUUGCCAGAUUAUAAGAAUACUCAGAUAUCUCAGCAUGCAACUGAUUGUUCGGUCCCUUGGCUUCAGAGAUGAAUUUAAGUACAGAAUUUUCUAAUGACUACUAGAGAAGGUGGUUUUGUCGCCAAGGGGGGUUGUCAAGACUGAGAUUUAGGCUAUUUGUAGAAUAAAAAGAAAUGAAAACAGACCUCUACAGAAGUGAUGUUCUAAUAUGGUGGUAAGGUUAAAUAUUACCCGUUUGAACUUUCAUCUAGCCCAGAUGUUACAGUUUGGCUAGAUUCCUCACCUGUAGUCGUCGGUUUGACUUUAACCUUGGCUGGUCGUACAACUAGAUCUCCAUGAGGUGGAAACCCACGGCGAACUUCUUGAGUUAUAAUUGCUU